AAAAAGAAGCGAAAUUGAUUCGAAAAGUAAUAUCCUUUUCUACAUAAAUAUUUAUUGUUAAUGGUCGUGGACACAUACACCAGUGUCACCAAUACAAGUAUAAGCAUCCGAAUUUACCAAUACCAACAUAUAGAUUGUGCUGAAUCUAGCAACUGCAACACACCUAUACAUUAUAGCACAUCAUAGAGUCAGUUAAUCGUUAAAAACAGGCGUUAUGUACACACUCGUGUACAUACUAUUCAAUCAUAAGUAAAAGAAAAAGUGUAUAAAGAUAUUAAUUUUAAGUCUUUUCAAUCUGACAUAUAUUGAUAUUGAUAUUCAUUACCAGUAAUGAUUCUGAUACCUAAUUGAUUUAAAAUACCGAAAGAUAAAAAAUCAUUGGUACAUAAAUAAGUACUUGGUAUUAAACCUAUUAAAUAACUAAACGUUUUGUGAUGAAAUAGUGCAAUCGUUUGUUAGGUUAGUGGUGGGACAAUUGGUAGUUUUUCUCUCCCAGUCGACCAUUGAGAACUAUCUUGUAUAAUUAUUUUUUUUUUUAUUAAUAUAAAUACCAAGACAAAUUUUAUUAUUUAUCAACAGCAGCAACAAUAAUAAAAGCUGUACAACUACCGUGUGAGCAGUGAUAAUUAAAUAAGUUAUUCUAUUAAUAAUAAUAAGAAAACAUCAGCAAUAGUAGCAUCUGUAUCAGCAUCACUCGUAUGUAAAAGAUACAUCAUAAUUGGACGUAAUUAUUUAUUAGUGAUUUUUUUUCCAAAGUCAUUUAACUCUCAGCAUUGCGUGUCUUCGGAAACCUACGAUAUGCAAUAUCUAUAAAUUACUGAGUUGAGUAAAUAAACAAAACCAUAAAAAUAUAAUGAGCUCAAGCUACGAGUUCCAUAACCAGAUGUGCAGACGUUUAAUUGAUAUGCGAUGAGUGGUGGUGGUUUUCGAGGACGAGGAUUUGGACCACACGGGGCACGUUACUCUAGUCCACAGCAAUCUAGUAGACGUGAUGAUGGUCAAAGAAAUAAUACGCCUCGAGGACGGGGUAAUUACCAACGAAAUAGCUACAAUAGUUCAUCGAGACGUGGUGGCAAUCAUCAGCAAGGAGACAAUAAUUGGCAACAACAUUCACAGCAGCAAAGAUAUUCAAGAUGGGAUCAACAGUCACAUCCACCACAACCCUGGGCAAAUUCACGUGGUGGUGGACGGGAUCAAUUUCAGAGUUCUGUAAGAUAUUCAUAUCAACAGCAGCACAAUUCACCCUACCAGCAGAGAAAUAAUCGUCCUUAUGGACGUGCCAGAGGUGGAAAUGGAGGUGAUAGUGGCGGUAGUGGAAAUAGUGGAGGUGGUGGUGGUGGUAGUGGUAGUGGUGGUGGUGGUGGUGGUAGUGGUGGUGGUGGUUAUGGUUAUUCAGGACCUCGUGGUCGUUCAAAUUUUUUCUCACCUUAUUAUUCAGCUCCGUUUAGAGAAAAAAAUUAUCAAAAUGUUGAUAAAGAACCAGAAGAACCGUCAGCACCUUUGUUGGGCUCUGAAGAAGAACGUCAGCAAAAGAUAACAGAAGCUGCUGAUGAAUUAAAAAGAAAAUUGUUAUCCAAUCGUAUAAGUUCACCAGUUGAACCAAAUUGGUAUGACGAUUUUAAUUUAGAUACUCCAAAUAAAGAUGAGGAUCAAGCAAAUGUUGUUAAAGCAAAGCCUGAGCUUAAACAUGGUCCACCGGAACUUGAUUUAACACUCAGUGACUUAAAAGAUAUCGGUAGAGUAGAUUUUGAUAAUUCUAUUAAUUCAACAAAUGUUUCGGAUAAUAAUUAUAGUCAACCAUCUGCCGAAAUUGAUGAUGAUAUUAUUACAUGGAACAAUCUGUCAGUAGCCCCGCUUACUGAUGUCGAUCAACAACAAACAAUUGGAGAUGUUGAUAAUAGUACUGAUGUUGAUGUUAUUGUUGAUACGAAUGAUCAAGUAUCUGGUACUAUUGUUGAUUCAUUUGAAGAAUUUCAAUUGGAUAAUUUUGAAAUAGCGACUAUUAAAGUUCGUGAUCCUCUUACAUUUGAAGAAUCAACAACAACUGGGUUAUCAGACACGCCUUUUACAACAGAUACUGCUACUUUUGAUUCGACAAAUGUCGCUGACACUUAUAACAGAGAUGAUGAUUCAUCUAACAAUAUAACUGAUAAUAAUAAAUUAAUAACAAAUGAUAACAAUGAAAUAACGCCUGAUAAAAGUAAAGUAACCGGUGAAUUGUAUGAUUUACAACAUUAUACCGUCCAAACAUCAUCCACACAAUCAUCAGAACAAAAUUUAUUUACAACAGACAAUACGUCGCAAAAUUUAUUAAAAACAACUGAAGAUGAAUCAAAAAAUCAGUCAAAAUCAAAGAGUAAGAAAAACCGAAAACAAGAUAACAGUGAAACUAAUACGACAUCAUCCUCAUUAUUACAGUCGCCCCUUCAAUCGUCUGAUUAUUUAACUCAAAAAGAUGAUAAACUUGAUGAACCAACUAAUACAUCAACAAAUUUAACACCAGCUGAUAAUAAAAUUGACCUAAAUAAACAAAUAAAACCACAAAUUAAAAUUAAACCAACGGAAAUACUUUCAAAUAAACAGCAAACAACACGAACUUCAGCUUUCUCAGCUUCUGAAAAUGAAGAAUUUCAUUUACCAGCAGCAUUUGAUCCACGGCGAAGCAGUAAUUUAUCGCUUUCAACUAUGGUACCUGAAUAUGAUCCUCAAUUACCACCACCUAUAAUUACUAAUACGGAUAAUAUCAGCCAAUGUACUCCUUAUAAUAGUCAUAUGUCAUCAAUGCCAAUGAUGGCUCCUGCAACAGCUAUAAAUAUGCCUACAACAAUGACUGGUUAUCCAGCACACACCAGUUACACAUCAAUGGUACCUUACGCAACGCCUUUACCAUUAUCAUAUCCAUCAGUAAUACCACCACCUGUUGAAUAUCCUCAACUUCCAUUGUCUCAAGUACCUUUACCGCCUAUACCAUCAACAAAAACAAUCGCUAACCAAUCAUCUAACAAGCCAGAUAUUAAUGGUGAUACAAAUGUUAGUGUUGAUGAUUUACUUGGUGAUAUGCAGAGAGCCAUGGAAUUUGCUGAACAGUGUUUGGGUAGCAAUUCAAAUGACGCUAUUGAAUUUCCUACCUUACCCAAUCUACCGGUUUUACCGCCAUUACCAGAAACAACAGCACCGGAUGUUGUUAAGAAAAAGAAGAAAAAUAAAAAGAAAAGACCGAAAUUUGAAGUUUCUAAGGAUUAUGGACCAGAACAAAAUCCUUCUGCUAAUAAGGAAACAGCAAUAACGGCUUUUGAACCUGUGAUAAUUAAGACAGAACCACUAGCAGCAAUACCAACAAUUACAACAACUGUAACUGCUGUAACAACUGAAAAAAUACUAGUAACUUCAUCUACAGCAUCAACAACAACAAUAUCUAAAUCGUCAGUAACAGCAACAGUAACAACAACUGCAAAAACUUCUGAUAAUAAAACUGCAGAAGAAGAUGUAACAGAUGAAUUGGGAAGACGUAAAGUUGUAUUUAAUUUAAAUACAAAAUUUAAAAAAAUAAGUAAGACUGAUGAUUGGGUUGGCAGCGAACCUGUAGAAGAUGAUGCUAAAGCAAAGCUCAAAAGACUGAAGAAUCUUUUACAAUUAGAUUCAGAUAUCAUUAUCACAGCGCCAACAGUUACCACGACUACAACUGUUGCUAAUGAUUCAACUGGUGGUACAUCCAAGUCACAACAAUCGUAUCGUAAAAAUGAUAAUACUAACAAUGGAUCUGAAAAAUCAGUAACUGAAUCUACAAAUGACCGUGAUUACAAAAAGUCAAGAGAUAGAAUUCGUGAUAAAUCGGACAGACGUGAAAGUCGAAAAACUAUUGAGAAAAAUGAUAUGUCACAAGAUAAAAAUAAUAAACAUUCAUCGAAAAAAAGUAUUAGUGAUCAUAAUAAUAAAGCAAGUAUCAAUAGCAAUCAAUCUUAUACCUCAAAGUCUGAAAAAGUAAACAAUCAUAGUGAUCAUCAUAGUACACCUAAUGAGGUUAGUGAAGCUAAAACACGUGGAUCAUUAUCAUCAUCACCACAUCCAUCAUUGUCAUCUUGGAAAAAUCGUGUAAUAACACGAUUUUUACGUAUGAGUAAAAAUGAUAUACAAAAUAUGAUAAAUAAUUCAAGUUUACGUAAAUUUGAUAUUGCAAUGCAGAAUCUUGUAAAAGAAAAAAAAUCAUCAUUGUCACUGGAAAUGCGUUUAAAUGAGGAUGAAAAAAUGAAAAAUAGUACUUAUGAAAAUGAAGACUUUAUGAGCCAAUUGCAGGCAAUUCUUGAUCCAGCAGCGACAAUUGAUAUUACCAAUUUACCAACAACAUUUAUUCAUCAACUGAGUGAAGUACUUCAUCUCGAUCCACUGCCUCCUGACAAUGAUGAUUUAACCUGUGAUAAGGCAAGCUUACGUUUGGCAUUGAACCUAGACAACCCAUCAACAUCAACUAGUGAAAUCGAUCAAAUUAUGACAGGUGGUGGCAAUGGUAGUGGUAGUGCCAGAGCCAGUGCUAGUGAAUCGUCACGAUGCACUGGUGGUACAAAUACACCUGCUCAUGUUACUCAUGUUACUACAACACAUGAUAAUACACCAAAGCACCGAAAGAUCGAUAGUAGGGUGAGUAAAGACACAAGUAAAAACUCAGUGACCCCGACAAAUCCUACACUAUAUACCAUUAGAACUCGUGCCAAACGCACUGACGUUGAUACUCCACAGAACAUUCAGCAACGUCCUACAAGCAAUGUUGCUGGUCAUACUUGUAUAUCAUCAACUUCAACAUCAUCUCCAGCACCAACAUCAAAAUCAGGAUCAACAUUAACAUCAACCCCAUCAGCUUUACCAUCAGCAGAACCAAUAACAACAAUAAUAACAACGGCGCCAAUAUCAGCGACAAAAGUAACGUCUCACCAUGCAGGUAACUUUAAUAUGAAUGACCUAGAUGAUAUAUUCAGUGCUGGUAUAGCACGUGCUAAAACAAUUAAACCACAAGCUACAGUAUCAACACAAUCAUUGACUGUUAAACCAGUGGCAAUUGAAUCUAGUACUCAUGUUGAACGGGUAAUUCCAAUUGUAGAAAAACAACCGCUGUUGAGACGAAUUGAAACCCCAAUUGUUGAAAGAGUUGAAAGACAAGCUGUUGAAUUGGAUAAAAUAUUUACAGCAGGUAUUGCCAAAGCUAAAGCUGCGUCUUUAAAAGCUGCUGCUUCUGCUGCGUCUGCUGCAAGUAUGGGUGACGAGAUACACGACACCAGGGAGUAUAGAACACAACGUGAUUCUUCCCGUGAAUCAAGCAGUAAUUCUGGUGGUAUGUGGAAACGUAAAGUUAUUAUUGACGAUCCAGAUAAUUUCCGUAAUUUAACUAAAGAAGAGUAUGAAGCUAAAUAUGGAGAGCCACCUUAUCCCUCAUACUAUGAAGAUGAGUAUAAAGAUUUUACGGCAAUGCGAGCACGCAGACUUGUAUUAAAUGGUCGUGAGUCUAUACCACCAAGUCAUCCGGUCGAUAAUCCUUAUUUUACAUUUUCACCACAAUUAGGUAAUUCACAAAAUAUAUCAAACCCAGACGAAAGUGAUGGUGACGAUAAUAGUUUGGCGGGAAGUGAGUCAAGCAGUUGGAGCAGUACAAGUUCAGCUAAUGAAGAUAAUGUUGAAUUGGAUGUUUCAAAAGUAUUAAAGUUUAUAAAAGAACGUGAAAAAAUAGCUAAAAAGAAAUCAAUAAAUGAUGAAAUAAGAGAUGAAGUUAAUGCUGAAAUUGAAAAAAAACGUAGAGAAAAAAGUGCAAGACAUAAAUCACACAAAUCGCGUUCGAAAAAACGUGAUAAACGUAAAAAAGAUAAAAGAGGUAAAAAGAAAAAGCUAAAGAAAAAAAAACGACGUAGAAGUCAUCAUUCGUCACCGAUUAAUGAUAAUCCAGAUGAACGACCGUUGUGGUUAUUACGGGAAGACGAAAUUAAAAAAGAGCCGAAAGAUGAUGAUCUAAUUACUAAAGAAUCAGAAUUUCCACCUGUUGAUAGUCGUUCCAUUAAACUAACAGUCACAACACCGGCUAUAACUAAAACUACACCUACGAGUGUCAGCAAAAAUUUACGAACUUCAUCGACAUUGUCAACGUCUAUACCUACGACAAUUACCAAUAAAAAUGUACAAAGUUCAUCAGUAUCUACAGCUAUUACAAGAACAUCCACGUCAACUUCUACACCGAUAACUACGUCUACGACUAAAUCUAAUCCAACAUCAAUAUCAACUCCAGCUGUUGUUGCAUCGUCGUCGACAAAUUCAAAUUUAGUGGCUAGCAAACCAACUAUAUCAAAUGUUAUUAAAGCUGCAUUGACAUCAACAACAGCAAUAGCAGCAACAUCUCCAUUGAAAAUAGUAACAACUUCUUGUACAUCGUCUAACACUAGCUCAGCACAAUCUCCAGUAACGCUCACUAAAACAAAAGCUCAACUUAAACAAAUGCCUGAAAUAUUACCGCCAAAUAAUAAAUUAUCAGCCUCAAUAGAACAAUCUCUUGUACAAUCGAUCUCUAAUAAUACAGGAGCAAGUUUAUUAAAUUCAACAGAUGUACAAACACUUUCGCCAGCUUCUUCAUCUUCAUCAGUGUCGUCUAGUAAUAAUAAUAAUAAUAAUUCUAUGACUACAACAACAACAACAACAAGUAAUUCUAAACCACGUAAAUUAGAUAUUAAAGCGUACAAAGAACGCGCAUUACAGCGUAAACUGAAGGAACAAGAAACAAUGAGACGUGUUGCUGAGAAUCCAAGUCAAUUGACACAGGAUUUACUUAAUUUGCCAACUAAAAAGAAAUCUGUUGUCAAAGAAAAUAAACAGAAAAUAAAUUCACCAACAACAACUGUUACUACUCCAGAAGUAAAUGUUAAUCAACCGACUAAAGUUACUAGUUCGACAGAUAUUGUAAAUAAAGAAUCAUUAAAUCCUGAAGUUGAUAAUAAAAAGUGUAAAACUUUAUCAUCACAGCCAAUAAAGCAAUCACAGCAACCGGUGACAACAACAGAAAAGCCGACAGCUGAUACCUCGAAACCUCCUUCUGUAACUACAGCUCCACGUAAACUCAAACGUAAAACUCCAUUAAUAACAGACAAUCCUGUUUAUAAAGAACCUGUAGUAUCAGAAGAAGUUAAUAAAUUUGUAAAUAUUAAAUCUGAAGGCGGCAAAGAAUUAAAAUUAAAAGAAAAAGUUAAAAAUCGUCCACAAAAAUCAGUAACUGCUGAUACACCGGAAGUCGUUGCUAAAAAAAUAUCACCAGCGACACGUAAAAAGCGAAAAAGUUCGACAAAUUUAGCAACUGUGAUACCUGAAAAAAUAGCAGACGAAUCAAUUAAAAAUAAUAAUCUAAGUAAAAGUCCGAGUAAAAUAUUACAAUCACCAGCACCAGUACCAACAGUAACAUCAACUCCAAUAGCAGUAGCAAUAAAAGCAGCUGACAGUGAUGCUAUUGAAUCAUCAAAGUCUGAUAGUAAUACUGAAUUAAUUUCACAGAAGCAACCAGCUCCGUCUACUACAGUUCCAACAGAAACAAAUACUACUAAAAAACGUAAAAAAUCAUUAAUAAAUAUUGAAACAGAUAUAUCAAAUAGAAAACAAAAAGUAGAAAGUGAAUUGUCUGAAGAAAAACAAGAGAAAAACGUUGAAGCAAAAAUUAAUUUAUUGGAUAUUAAUUCUGUUGAAAGUUCAGAGUUAAAAAUAAUAAAUGAAAAUCCAAUGACCUUAUUUUCACACUAUUUUAAACCAUCAAAAAAUUUAAUAAGUGAUGGUUUUCCCAAUUUAGUUGCCGUUGAAAUAAUGGAAAAAAGUAAACCAAUAGUUAGUGUAGAAACAUCAUCAUUAGAUAUUACUAGUGUCAAUGAUAAUAAUUUAACAAUAAAUACGGAUAUUAUUAAUGUGUCAGAAGUGCCAAGUAUAAGUAAAUCAAUAAACAUUGAAUCACAACAACCUGUUGAAAAUAUGGUUAACUUAUCCCCUUUGUCAGAAAAACAGAUAGAGAUAGAAUUGUCUGAAGUAAACGAGACAGCGAAUAAAGAGGAAAUUUUAACAGAAAAAGAUACUUCAAGUCUUGACGAUAGCAAAAAAGUACAAUCUAUUGAUAGUGUUAUUAGUGCGGAAGUCCUUCCAAUGAAUGAUCAAACAGACGGUAGAGAUGGGGAAGCUAAUUCAAUGCUUGUACAGGAAAUUAAUCAAACGGAGGAAAUGCUUGAAAAAAUCGAUAAACCGGAAGAUUUGAUUGAAAACGACAUGGUUAAAAUAAAUUUUGAUCAAGACCAACAAAUGUUAACUAAUCAUUUACAAACUAAUGAUAAUGUCCCACCAGAUGUUAAUGUUGAUGAAGGUGAAGAUAUUUUUAAAGCAUUGAAAAAUGAAUUGAAUGUCAAUGAUUUAUCUAAAACAGAUGAAAUAGAGGCUACACAGUCAUUACCAGCAGUAACUGAUACAUUAACGUUGAUUGAUAUUGGUUCUUCAUCUUUAUUGACUGACAAUGAUACUACUAUUCGUAUCCAAGAAGAUGAAAAUCCAUUAAAAUCAUCAGAUUCUGGUCAAACUGAGCGUAUUCCAGAAUCAGAUGCUUCUGUGAUAGAUUCAUUAGGAAAUAUUGGUGAUGCAACUACUGCAACUAUAUCGGAAUUAUCUCAAGACUCAUUACAUUAUGAUAAAUCAUUUUCACAGAGCUCAUUACCAGAUACAGAACCUAUGCCUGAAUCUAUCGAUAAAUUUGAUAAAUUACAAGUUAUGGGUUCUAAAGAAGAUGACAUUUUGGUCCCUUUAACGGAAAUUAAAGAUGAUAAAUUGAAUGAAAAACCAACUGACAGUUGGAAUAUUUUGGAUAAUCAAGAUGAAAUAAAUGAAGAAGGACUUGGUUCUAUUGGUGAUACUGAUAAAUCAUUUAUUUCUGAUUUACCUCUUGAUGCUCCUUCAUCACCAGCUGCUGACAAUUGUUUCAAAGAAUAUUCAUCACAGUCUGUUGUUCUCCAUGAUCAAGUUUUGACAGCAGAGAAUUUAAGAAAUUCAUUUUUAGAUGAUCCAUUAGUUUUUUCACCAACAAAAUCACCAAUUCCAGACGAAAUGGAAUUUGGUGUUUUAGAAGACACUAGUGUUAUGGUGGAUCCUAUUUAUGACAAUCAAUUAGCAGAUACAUCAGCUAUUGAUACUAUUGAAGAUGUGCCAACAGUUGAAGCAUUCGUUGAAGAUGAACAAGUUGCCAAUACUCUUGCUCUGGAUACAUUAGACGAUCCUUGUCUGUCUCCAGAAUUAGCGGUUGACUUUGCCAAUGAUCAAAAUCCUGCACAAAUAAAUGUUGAAGGCAGUGUAAAUCCUUCAAUUGCUGAUAAAGAAUUAAUAAAAGUUAUUGAAGGUACGUCUCCUGAACGUUUACCAUCACCGAUACUUCAAGUGCCCCCGUUUGUUGAAGAUGAACCUGAUAAUAUUAAUAAUACUGAUACUACUAUUGAUACUGCUGCCUUUGAUGAGACUCAUGAUCUAGAUAAUAAAAUAUCUGAUAUAGUAAAUGGUAAAUCUACGACUAAUGAUAUUACUACAAAAGUUGAUAAUAUUGAAACAACUACAUCAACAUUAGUUAUACCUGAUACUACUUCUACGGUUGCUACAUCUGAUAAAUAUCAUUCAGUAGAAGAUAAUUCAUCAGCUGCAUUAGAAGCUACUUUAUCUAGUAUAGAAGCUAUCCCGUCAAAAAUAGAAAUUAUUACAUCAAAAAAAGAUAUUGCUACAGUUACCGGUGAAUCUACGGAAAAUAUUAAAAUAACUCAAGCUCCAAUUGUUGAACAAAUAGAUUAUAAAAAAUUACAACCUCAAAAUCCAUCAAUAAGUUCAUUAGCCAAAGAAAUAUCAGUUACAAAACACGAUAAAGAUGAUGACAAAAAUUCAUCACGAAAAAGUAGCAGAAGUAAAUCAUCAACACCUACUCGUGAAAGUAAAAAACACAGAAGACAUCAUCAUGAACAACGUAAAAAAUCUAAAAUAACAGUAGAAAAAGUUGAAGAAGCAAUUGCUGAAAAUAUUGUUAAAUUAGUGGCCAAACCAACAACUAAAGACGCUGUUAUGGCAAGAAUGCAAGAAAUUGAUAUAACUAUUCAAGAACUUAUGAAUGAAAAAAUGAGGCUCUAUCAAAUGUUACAGACUGACAAGUGGCCCGUUAAUCAGCCUGCAGUCGUAUCACCACCGGGACCUAAGUCUAGUAAGCUAAAAACACAGACAGCUUCAAAAAGUCCAAGAGUUGUGGUCUCACGAUUAACAGAGAGUAAAAUAAAACAAAUUUCACCUGAAACUUCUCCAGUUAAACCGGAUGUUAGUACUUCAAAACACGAGAGCGCGCCAACGGUAUCCACUCCUGCAGCAGUUCCUAAAACACCUAAAAGUGAUGAUAAAAAAUCUAAAAAUUCUGAUGAGCAUCCUGCAGCUAAAUUAGCAAAAAAAAGAAAACAUCGUGAUGAUAAAGAACAUUCGAAAAAUAAAGAACCGCGUAUAGAAGUAACGCCAGAGAUUAAUAAAAAACGACAUCAUUCUGAUGGAUCUCACCGUAAACACAAAAAAGUUGAGUCUAUUAUUACUAAUAAACCACCAGAGGAGACACCACGUAAACAUGUUAAAUUAAGUCAAAUACUUACACGUGAUUUCAAACCAAAAGUAACUACUAAACGCAGAUCUUCAAGUCCUAGUGAAAUUCGUCCGAGUGAACCAUCGGCUCCAACUCGUAAACCACGAUCAGUUAGUGCUGAAAAAAAUUUACAUAAAGAUUUUAAAGCUAAAGCUGAUGAGGAUAAAUUUUUACAUCAAGAUAGUAAAAGUACCACUCAUACUGAUAAUAAAAUUAUCAAUACUACUGAAGAACCAGCUCUUAAAUCGAGUAGUGUUGUAGGACUUAACGACCAGAGUCUUAUUUAUUCUGAUGACAGCACUUGGGAUACUUUCGAUAACUCAACGAAACAUGAACGAUCAAUGGGUUUGUUGCUGUUGGAAGAAAGUAUGAAACGUGAGAAAGCUGCAAAGAAAAAUAAAUCUAUUGAAUUGAAAAAGAAACAGUCGAUGAAGAAAGCUCUGAAUGUUCCUGCUAUUUCUGAUGAUGAGGAAGAAAUUCCACUUGCUGUGCUAAUGAGUAAGAAAAAAUUUCAGCGUAAAAAAUUACAUCAGUCUGCUGCUAAAAAAUCAACGCAUGAAAUUUCUGCAAAAAGUGUCAGCAAAGACGGUGGAUCAGCAAAAACUAGCGGGAUUGUCGAUGAUACUCCUAACAAAAAUGAUAGUAAGGUUGAAGAAGGGUCUACUAAAGUAAGUAAUUUUGAUGAUAUUUCAAGUAAAACAAUUACUAGCACUGCUAGUGCUGUUGAAGUAUCUAAUAAGAGUAGCGGUAAUAUUAUUAACAGUGAUCAAGUGUCUUCAAAAGUUAGCAGUAGCUGUACUGCACAAAUAUAUGCUGCAUCUACUCAAAGUAAAAAUAUCAGUAGCAAUGUUGAUAAUAAAAUAUCAAAAGAUCAUUUACUAGAAAUAAUUGAUGCUGUGGCGGCAAAUCGUACUGAUGAUGAUGAUUUUAAUAACACCACCAAGAAAAAUACAAAAAAAUCGAAACAAAAGGAUUUGGAAAAUGUUUUAACGGAUGAUAGAGUAACUGUUGAUGUUACGACACAGGAAUCAACAAUAAAAUUAACCUCAGCAAGUGAUAAAAAUGAAUCACAACCUAUUGCUAGUGAAGUUUGUAAUGUUAAUAUUGGUAAAGUUAUUGAUUCUCCAAGACCACCAACAAAUAAUUAUGAUGAUUGUGAUGCUGAUGAUAGUAUUCCUGAUGAAGCCGAAUGGACGACACUUGAUUCUAUUGGUUUUGUUGAUGAUAGAGACGAAGAUAGCUAUCAUACUAUUUCAGAUGUUAGAUCCGUUGCUAGUGAAUUAGAUAAAAAUAAUAAAAUUGAUAAUGAUAGUUUGGUUGCUAAAAAAGAGCUCAAUAAGGAUCAAACUACAGUAAUUAAUAAUAAUGAUGAUGAUGAUGAUGAUAUUGAUGAUGAUGAUAAAAAAAUAAUGAAUAAUAUUUUAAUUAAUAAAAAGAAAAAAUUACUUCAAGACUGGGAAGAAUUAUCAAAUAUUUCUGAUAAAGAAUUUGAUAAUGAUAAUUGUGAUAUCAAUAAAAAUGAUAAUGAUAGUGAGUCUCAAGCAAUAAUUCAAGUAAAUAUUAAAGAAAAUACAACAAUGGAAGCGAUAGGUGGUAAUGAAUCCUUGACGACAGAAGAUGUGAUUAAACAGAAAGAGAUUGAUAAAGAAUCAUCUGAACAUAAAAUUGUUGUUGAUGAUGAUUCUUUGCCCACACGUUUUGCUGAUAAGGUUGAAAGGCCAAAGUCUACUGUUAAAGAGCUCCUGAGAUCCAAAACUCCAAUCCCGAGUGAACGUCAAAAGUCUUCUUUUGGUGAUGAUCAUGAUGAUGAUAAUGAUAAAGAGGAGGAAAAAGAGGAUAAUGUUGGAAUUAAACGACCCAAGUCAACAGUCAAGGAAUUGGAAAGACCUAAAUCUACUGUUAAAGAAUUGAUUAGAUCCAAAACUCCGAUUAAGAAUAUUGAUGUUGAAAAGGCUGUGGCUAAUGAAGAUGAGGACGAAGAAAAAGAGGUCCAGUCGUUGAAUAAAAAAUACAAGAGAGUUGAAAUUAGACUAGAAAGACCCAAGUCUACUGUUAAAGAAUUGAUGAGAUCAAAAACUCCUGUUAAAAAUAUUGAGCAAAAGUUUUCGGUACAUGAUGAUAAAGAUGACGAAAAAGAAGAAGAAGAAGAUGAUGAUGUAGAAGAUGAAAUAAUGUCGAGUAAAAAACAUAAGCGAGUAGAAAUUGAAGAAAGACCUAAGUCAACAGUAAAAGAAUUAUUGAGAUCUAAAACUCCAAUUCCUAGUAGUGAUAAAAAGUCUUUAUUGCGUGACGAUACUGAAUAUGAGGACGAUAUUAUUCAGGAAAUAAUAGUAGGCAAGAAACACAAAAAAGUGGAGAUUGAAGAAAGACCAAAGUCUACAAUAAAAGAACUAGAGAGACCUAAAUCUACUGUGAAAGAAUUGUUGAGAUCAAAAACUCCAAGUAUUGAAAAAAAGUUUUUAUUGCAUGAUGAUGAUGAAAACGAUGAAGAAGAUGAAAUUAAUCGCGAAAUAAUUAGUAGUAAAAAACACAAGAAAGUGGAAAUUGAAGAGAGACCCAAGUCAACAAUUAGAGAACUGGAAAGACCUAAAUCUACUGUAAAAGAAUUGUUGAGAUCUAAAACUCCGAUGCCAAAUAGCGGUCAAAAGUCUUCAUUGCAUGAUGAUGAUGAUAAUGAUAAUGAGGAUGAUGUUGACCGUGAAAUAUCUAUGAGUAAAAAAUACAAAAGAGUGGAGAUUGAGGAGAGACCUAAGUCUACUUUUAAAGAAUUGUUGAGGUCAAAAACUCCAAUUCCAAGUAUUGAUCAGAAAUCUUCAUCAUAUUAUAAUGAUGAGGAUGAUGGUGAUGAUGAUGAUGAUGAUGAUGAUGAUGAUGAUGAUGAUGUUGACCGUGAAAUAGCAGUGAGUAAAAAAAUAAAAAAAGUGGAAAUUAAUGAGCGCCCAAAGUCAACAGUUAAAGAACUGGAGAGACCUAAAUCUACUGUGAAAGAAUUAUUAAUAUCGAAAACUCCUAGUAUCGAUAAAAAAUCUUCAUUGUAUGAUGAUGAAAGUGAUGAAGAUGAAGAUAAUGUUGAUCAUGAAAUCGUAAUGAGUAAAAAACAAAAAAGAGUUGAGAUUGAAGUAGAGAGGCCAAAGUCGACAAUUAAAGAAUUAUUAAGAUCUAAAACUCCAAUUGCAAGUAUUGAUGAUGAGGAAGACAAUGAUGUUGAAGAUGAAAUAUUACUGAAUAAAAUUCAUAAAAGAGUAUCACUUGAAAUGGAGAGAUCAAAAUCAACAGUGAGAGAACUUGAAAGACCUAAAUCUACAGUUAAAGAAUUGUUGAGAUCAAAAACUCCAAUUCCCAGUAGUAAUCAAAAGUUUUCAUUGCGUGAUAAUGAAAAUGAUGAAGGUGAUGAUGGCAAUGGGAGUGUUGAUCGUGAAAUAACAAAAGUUAAUAAAAAAUAUAAAAAAGUUGAGAUUGAAGAGGGAUCAAAGUCAACAGCCAGAGAAUUAGAAAGACCUAAAUCUACCGUAAAAGAAUUAUUGAGAUCCAAGACACCAAUUAGAAGUCUUGAUCCUCAAAACUCUUUAAUUGAUGAUGAAGAUGACGAAGAAGAGGAAGAGGAGGUUGUACAAGCAUUAAGUAAAAAACAUAAAAGAGUUGAAAUUGGUGUAGAGAGAUCCAAGUCAACUGUUAAAGAACUAGAACAGCCAAAAUCUACAAUCAAAGACUUAUCAAGAUCGAAAACUCCUAUGCCGAGUAUCGUUGACUACAAGUCUGCACUGGACGACGAACAAGAAGAUGACCAUUUUGAGCCAGUGAGUAGAAAACGUAGAAAAGUAGAUAAAGACACAGAGCGGCCAAAGUCUACAGUCAGAGAGCUCCUAAGAUCUAAAACUCCUGUAAAAAGUAUCGACAACGAAAAAUCUAUUGCCCCUGACACUGAAGAUGAUCGUGAGCCAGUGGUUAAACGACGUGGUAGAUUUUCUAAAAACAAACAAUUGUCAUCUAGUCGGAGAAAUUCUCGGCAGUCCGAUGAUAGCAAUAAAACAACAUCAUCACGCUCUAGACGCGUUGGUAAGUCACCAAGUUCUCGUGACGUAUCUCCACCUGUUGAAAUUGAUACUGGUGUUACUACCACUGGAUCAACGACAUCAAGUAAAAGACGUCCAGCAUCCGGUGGAUCUACAAGUUCGGUGAGCAAUAGAAAGAGAGUGACAGUAGCGGCAUCAACAAAAACACAACAACAAGUAGAUGCUAAUCGUCCAAGUCGUCGUGGCCGUAAACGAAAAAAUAAUAAAUUAAAUAAUGAUUUAGUAAAAACGAGAAUAUGUAAAGUAACGCUGGUCGACUGCAAACAUAUUUGUUUAGAGCCGGAGUCGCAUUUAUCUUUUCUACAGCAGUACGGUGUCACUAAAAUAAAUAAACGUAAAUUAUCAUCAGCGUCAUCCUCGUCAAGCGAACAAGUUGAUUCAGUAACUGUUGAAGAUUUACCUGAAAUUGUUCGCGAUAAUGAUGAUGAAGAUGAAAUAUCACCAGUAGAUCAUGAUAAUUUUAAUAAAUCAAUAAUAAUAGACGAUGAAAAAAAUUUAACUGAUGAUGAAAAACUUUUGAGUGAUGAAGAUAAAAUCCAAAGUGACGAUGACUCUAUGGAAUUAAUAAGAGUUGAUGACACUUUGAUGUCAUGCUCUAAUAUUCCAGAUCCAAGGGGAUCACGUCUCUCUCCAAUGACUGAUUUUGUAUCAUCACCACACGAAGAUGACGAACUGCCAGCAUCCGAUUUUGAAGUUAUCAAUGACGAUGAUGAUGAUCACGAGAUUUCAGAUAUUGAAGUACUUGAAAAAGAAACUCCAAUACCUGAAAAUAUUAAUUCUCAACCGUCGCCGUCGACGUCGACCUUAGCAUCAGCAUCAGCAUCAGCGUCAGCGUCAACGGUACCUGAAGAAAAAGAAAAUAAUUCAGAGCCUCGUAGAACACAGUACACCGUUCACAAGGGACCUAUUCUUGAUAUAAAGGUAUUUGGUGAUUCAUUUCUGGCAGCAAGUGAGGACGGAGCAAUAUAUCGCUACAGUCAAAGAUCGAAUGGUAUAUUAAAUAUCUAUAAAGGUCAUGAAGCAGCGGUAACGUGUCUUUAUGUACACGAAGUACCAGGGGCUGCUGGCACCACCAAUAGUCGAUGGAAUUUAUUUUCUGGUUCACUUGACGCAACACUGAGAUGUUAUGAUAUUAUGAGCGGUACAUUAGAUCGAAAUGUUGCUGGAGUCGGAAGUCCGAUCCAGUGUAUGGACGAAGCAUGGGGCAGUAUAUUUAUCGGUACCAAAUCUGGACAUAUAUCACGUUACGAUAUUAAAUCUGGAUGUUUGCGUGAGGAAAAAUUAGAUUUUUCUGACAAACCUGUCUUGGCACUUCGUGCAUCCACUGAGGGUGUAAGAAAAGUUUUGAUCGUUGCGUCACGAAACCAACCAAUUACUAUUAGAGAUGCACAAAAUGGUUUAUUUCUACGUACAAUAUCUGGACAAAGAAACCACACGGUUUAUAGUUUAUUGAGAGAUCGUAAUCUUGUCUAUUGCGGGACCAGUAAUACUUCGAUACCAGUCUUCGAUUUUAUUAGUGGAGAACAAGUGAUGCAGUUUACUGCCGGUGUUGGAAUUGUUUGUAUGCGUCUAUAUAAACAAUUAUUGUUUGCUGGUUGUUAUGAUGGGAAUAUUUAUGUUUUCGAUACUAAGGAACCAAAAUUAAUAUGUAGCAUUCCUGGACCUGGCAAUAUGCUUCUUAGUAUGGAAAUCGUCAAUGAUGAGAUAAUAGCAGGUAGUAAAGACCGACGAUUACAUGCAUGGCAGAUGCCAGACCAAAUACGAGUUCUAGUUAACGAGCGGACGUAAAAAUUUAAUAAUGGCGGAGAUUUUAAAAAUUACAAAUGAAUGCUCCCAUCAAAGUGCCUGGAACAUCUAGUCAACAAACGAUCAAGUCUUGUUCUUAAAUUAUUAUUUUUAUUAUUAAAAUUAAUUAGUGAAGACGAAACAUCCCGCAAAUAAGUGAAGAAAAAAAAAAAUAAAUAAUUAAGUAACACAAAGUGUAAUAUUGUACAUAAAACAAAACAUUAUGCACAUAAGACAUUUUAAUCUUUGUACAAAAAAAAAAAAAAAAAAAAAAAAAAAAAAAAAAAUGUGUAUAAAAAGUUUUCUUACGAAAACUAACUCAGAUCUUAGGAAAAUUUUAUCAACAAUCAGUUGAUGCAGUAUUUGUUUUCAACAAUUGUUAACUAACUAACUAAUUAAUUAAUUCCGAAUUAUGAUCGACAUACAUUUUUUUAAUUAUUAUAUUAUUAAUAACUAUUACUACGAUUAUAAAAUCUAGUAGUUAAAACUGUUUUAUUACAUGUAAAUUACUUUCUGUUAAGUAUAAAGUAGGUAAAAAAGAAAUUAAUAACUAGAUAAUUUUAAAAAAAUAUAAAGACCAAUAGUAAAAUUA